CUGGCACACAAACUAAUGAAUGUGCCAAACAUGAUCUCCCAUAAGGAGUGGCUCUUUAACACGGCACAUAUAAAACACCGACAGAUCACAACCUGUCAGAAUACUCACAGGAUUUGGAGGGAAUCUCAGAUAAAGUUUGAUACAAGCUCGGAUCUUCCGAUGGAUCUGAUAGUGCUCGGAAUUGUCCUCUCCAUCACCUUCAGCGCUGUUCAAGGUGCCACACCCAAAUGUUGCAUUUCAACAGCGAAAAGGUUUCCGCUUGAACUUCUACAGUCUGUGAAUAAGUAUGAUAUUCAGACCAGUCGAGGAGCCUGUGACAUUAAUGCCCUCGUAUUGCACGUAGAAAACAGGAGACUUUGUGCAGAUCGCAAGAUGGAGAGAAUUCUGCAAAGAAUUCAGAAAUCAAAAAUGCAAAACAGACAUAAGAAGAGACAUAACAUCUAAAUGUAAUGACCUGAUGUCACCGCACCACAACAUGCAAUGUUUUGUAAUGUUGAUAAUCUUCAUCCACAGUUUUAUUAAGUCAUAUGUACUCUUAAACACUUGUUUACCUUGUCUGAUUUAAGUUUGGUUAUAACUGUGCUGUGUUGUAACAAAACAAUAAACAUUAAAUACAUUGGAAAAAUA